AACGUAUUUGACUGAACCGUCUCAAUAUAAAAGAUUGAAAGCGUAGAAGAAAACCCUAAUCCACAUUUCACCAAACCCUACUGACGACCUAACUGAAACAAUGACGAAGAUUUGCGAUCUUCCACGGGAUUUGGCAGAGGAGGUGCUCUCUAGGCUUCCGGUGACAUCUCCGAGAGCAUUGCGAUUUACAUGUAAGAAGUGGAACACUUUAUCCAAAUGUAGGAGCUUCACAAAGAAGCAAAUUGGUCGGGAACAAGCAGAAGCAAAGAAGAAGAAGCAAGAGAAGGCGUUUCAGGCGAUCAUGACAAUGAAUUAUAAGGUUUAUCUGAUGAGCGUCAAUCUAGAUGGAAUUCACAAAGACGACGAUAACGUUCAAUCAUCUAUAAAGCAGAAAGGUAAACUUAUUAGCCUAAACGGUGCUGAUCAAAUAGAUAUAUCUAAAGUCUAUCACUGCCACGGUUUGUUGUUAUGCAUCACCAAUGAUAUAAACUCUAGGCUUAUGGUUUUGAACCCUUAUUGUGGGCAAGCGAGGUGGAUCGAACCUAGAGAUUCUUAUUGUAGGGACAGCUACGCUCUCGGAUACGAGAUGAAGAACAACGUCAACCGAAGCUACAAAAUUUUGAGAUGUGUGAAUGAUUUCAAAGACAUGAGCGAGAUGAGUAUAGAGCCUCGAACUAGAAUUUGCGAGUUUGAAAUCUACAAUUUUGACUCUCACUCAUGGAAGAGUAAGACUGUCAAGGUCACUCCCAACGACUGGGAUAUAUUUUAUGGCUGCAGUGGCGUGUCUGUCAAGGGAAACACUUACUGGUUUGUUCAAGAGAGGAUCCCACCACUAGAAGAGAUCCCAAUAGAUGUGAUAGAUGAGCUGCGAGAGGCGCCUAGUUUCUUAAUAUGUUUUGAUUUUACAACAGAGAAAUUUGGAUCACGUCUGCCUCUGCCAUUUCCUUGUUUGAGGAAUGAUACUGUAACGCUAUCUAGUGUUGGAGAGGAGAAACUUGCGGUCUUAUAUCAUCGAUGGGAUUCAAUGUAUACGAAGAUAUGGAUCAGUAACAAGAUUGAUCAACCUAAUGCACUGUCGUGGAGCGAGUUGUUCUUAAAUAUGGGUAAGAUGAGACCACUCGAGAUGAGAUCUGCGACUUUCUUUGUUGACGAAGAGAAAAAACUCGCUGUGGUUUUUGAUAAAGGCAAGAGUGUAUAUAACCCCACUUGCAACACAGCUUACAUCGUUGGAGAAGAUGGAUACAGCAAACAAGUAGAUCUCGGAGAGUCUGUUGAUAAAUAUUUGUUUCCACGUGUCUACUCUUAUGUUCCAAGUUGUGAGCAAAUCUAGCAACCUUGCACCACCAGGAGAGGAGGCUAAAGGAAGAAACCACGUUACUAGUGCUCUAGUCCAUUUACAAGCCCUUCAAUGCUUAUUCUUACUACUCUUUUGUUUUGUUUUCUUUUUGUCAAUUUUUUUUUUUGUCAAUUGUUCUUUGAACAAAAUUAGUCAAAUUUUAAUGUAUUUCUCAUCUUUUAUGUGCAAUAUUAUUGAAGAAUAAAUAUUUUUU